AAUCACCAGGCAAUGAGACACAAAACAUGACAAUGAUACAGGGUGACUUCUAAUACAGACAAUGAACAGCAGUAAUGAGAGUUUUCCUACAGAGUUUGUCAGAAGGAAUGAUAUUGAGAAUGUUUUUCUAGCACUAGCAUUAAUGAUUGUGAUGUUGUUUUCUGUAUUUGGAAAUAUUGCUGUGAUACUUGCCAUAUUCAUGAGCCGAGCUCUGAGAGAAGAGAUGUCAAACCGACUGACAAUGAACCUUGCCAUAACUGACCUCUCCAAUGGUCUGAUUGUCAUGUUCAGUAGCCUUUUUUCUGUUAUUAACGACACGUGGAAACUUGGAUCAGUGUACUGUGACUUGAUCUGUGCCAUAAACUACUGUCUUAUCAUCACCUCUAUGUUGACUCUAUGUUUUAUAAGCUGUGACAGGUUCCAGGCUAUUGCUCAUCCCCUUCACUACCUCAGCAGAAUCAAACCCAAACACAUGUACAUGAUGAUUACCUAUUCUUGGUUCCAAGGCAUUGUUUUCUCUGUGGUACCCCCAGCACUGCAGUGGGUGGAGUACGACUACUGGGAAGCUAUAUGUGCCAUACAGUGGCACCGAGAGAGACAACAGGCAGUGUACUAUGUUGUGAUAGCAUUCCUCCUCUGUUUCCUUCUCCCAGGACUCAUUCUCAUCAUAAAUUACUACAAAAUCAUCAAACAGGUCCAGUCUAAGGUAUCGUGUCCUGGUGCUCCUACGACAGCCAAAAACUACAGCACCAGUUCCAAGGCCAUUAGAAGCCUCCUCAUUGUUGUGAUCGCGUAUUUUGUGUGUAUGACUCCCUUCAGCGUGACAAAGUUAAUGAAGGUUGUUAUUGCACAAGAGACAGUACUUAACAGUCAAAUCAACUCUGUGGCAAGUGUUGUAGCUUUCAUUUCUAGUGCUGUUAAUCCAUUAAUCUACGGAAUUUUUCGUAAAGACUUCCGACGUGCCUAUAAGAGAAUAUUUCUAUCCUUUAUAGGUAGAGACAAAGUUCACAACAUUCAAUCUUCUUUACAAGACUAUUCCUCAUAAUGGCAAUGUUUGUUAAAUACUGAGAAAUUAAAGCAUGAUACGUAAUAUACAAUUACAGUGAAAUGUGUUCAUUUUGUC